AAUAAAAACAAAAAUCCAGAUCUGUUCGACGUUCGGAAUGGUAAAGGAGAUGGUACUCAGGCAUGUACCGCCAGUUAGUGCAUCUACAAAAGACUUUAAAAUCAUUUUUUUCCCAGGUUUGCAUAUUGCCCCUUUUCCCUCUAAUCACUGAAAACAGAUUUGUUUUGCAUAAAGUUUUUGUACAAAAAAAAAAAAAAAUAAUAAGAGAAUGAGAAGUUUUUUUUUUUGACUGAAGAUGGUUGCCUUUUAAUGCUGUAUGUACCACCCUAACAUUGAUUUCGCUACUCUGCUAUCGAGCUGUCAAAUCUGCAACAUGGAGUUAAACUUUUUGUGAAGUUGCUGUGAAGUUUACCACGGCGCUUCGAAAAGUUUAACUCCAUGUUGCACGCACACAUUCUCACUUUUAAUUUCUGGAUGCAUUGAUGGACACCGGCUGGAAACAGUUCCGAAGAAGUGGGUGGGUAGGUGGCAGUAGUAAAUGUGUGCGUACGCAGCACACCCUCUUAUUACAUUAUUGCUACGAGCAUAGAUCGCACCACCACCACCCACUCGGCAGCAGCUCAGCAGCUUGGCGACCAAGUUUCUUUUUCCGGAGAGUUAUUACGGCCGGUGCAGCGAGCUAUAUUUUCGAAAGUUUGCAGUUUCUUGGAGAUUGUCUGGAGAUGUGCAACCAGGACCAUUCCAUCGAAUCGGUUAGCGUGGCCGACAAUGAAAAGUUUACCUAUCCGGUAAUUUUGAUUAAGGGUUCGCUGGGGAUUCGCUGCGAGACAGGUGAGCUGAAGGUGCAAAUCGAUAAUUACGACUGUCCUGUAUCGAAAGAUGUUCGGUUCAUCAACGAAAAGCGGGGCCAGUUUAAGGUGCUGCUUCGGCUGAAGGAAGGUGAAAAUCGUGUUACGCUGACCUACUGUAGUCGGGAGCUCGAGUUGAAUUUGUUUUUCGAGGAGUCUGAAAAUCCGCACCGGAUUACGCCCUUGUACAUAAUUUGCGAUGGGCACGAUGGGUGUUUCCAGUCCGAUACAGCGGAGAAUAGUAUUGAAAAUGCGUGUGCAAAAAUCACGUUGGGCAUUCAGCUGGUACAAUCGCUGUACGCGGAAAAGAUGGCAGAGAAAUGGUCCAGUAGAAAGACGUUCACGAUUGCCGGCGAUUGUCUGCCGUUCCGGAGCUCGCUUCCGCUGCAGGAGUCUAAGGCGAUGACCGAUCAACAACUUUGGAACUUUUUCGCGAAGGAAAUUCUCCAAUCGGAGCUGUACACUUCUGAAAAGCAGAAGUUUAUCGGUUUCAUCAGUAGCACGUACUACGAAGGAAUCUCGGACAACGAUUUCUCGUACGAGAACAUCAAGCGAAGAACUACGGGCAACGUGGCACUGGGAGGGGGUGGUCUUGCACUGUUUGGAACCGGAUGUCUGUACACCUGGCCGGAUCGAUUGGACGGCAUUGUACCUGCGUUCCUGAACACGACUCUUGUUAAUCGAGAAUUGAUGAUGGACGACAGCAACUAUCGAUACACUUACGGAGGCUGCUUCGCGACCACGAUUGGGUCCGUUUGCCACGAGAUGGGCCACAUCUUCGAUCUUGGCCACACGAAGGAUGGCAUCAUGGGCUCCGGAUUGGACCACGUGAAUCGUGUGUUCACACUUAUAACAAACACGGAAGAUCUUCCGGACCGAGUUAUUGGGCGGGGAGGACCAACGCGUAAAUCGCUAAACAGCAAAUUGACUCAAAUCAAGCGGCCGGGCGAGUUUCUGCUCAAGUAUCAGCAGCAAAAGGAAAGUGAUGUUACGUACUUUGCAGACAACUGCGCCGUCACCCUGCGGUUCCACAAGUGGUUCAACUACAGCCCCAGCAGUAACGAUAACAAUUGUGAUACUAGGAUUAGCUUUAACUUUGUAACACGGAUUGUAACAAGCGUCAACUCGUUUCUAAAAUUGAUUGAGCUACGCGACAGGGUGGAUGGGAUGUUGAAGGUUUACUGGUCCUUCCUAGAGACCGACACCGACAACUUUCAGGUCGGGGACACCAUUCAGCUAGAUGGACUGACAUUAUUUGUGAUCGAUAGUUAUGGUAAUAUUUUAAAGCAAGAUUUGUAAGCAGGAGUCAAAUCGAAGCCGAUUCUUAAUAAAAUAUGGCUUCCGUCGACAAUAGGGUAUGUAUUUAGGUAUAGUUAUAUAGCAAACGACCAAAGUCAUCGAAACGCGCUGUAAGCCGUUUACUUACAAUAGUCUUAUGUAUUGAAAAAUUAAACGUAAACCCAAAAACAACUUUUUAGGACCCCUUGAGAGAUUUACAAAAUCUCCUCCAAAAUCCACUGUGUUCGAUUAGUGUGUAGCUGUAACUGCUUUGUCGAGCAAUAUUGAUAUGUUCGCUCAAAUAUGAAAGUUCAAAACUAGUCGAAGUAAAAGAAAUUCUCACACACGUUUAGUUCUAAGCUAUUUACACUAGUGAUGCCUGUACCUUUGAUUGCAAUAAAUAAAAUAAAAUGUGUGCACGAA